AUGGGGAUGAGUGUGGUCAUAUGGGAUCAUGAAGGGCGUGUAAGGGCUGUCAAAUGUAGCCUUAAACAAGGAAGCUUUGACCCCACUGCUGCAGAGACAAUGGCAGCCAUUCACGCUUUGAAAUUAUGUAUGGCGCUGGGUAUGCUUAAUAUACGUAUGGAAGGAGAUGCUAAAAAUGUGGUGGAUGCUUUGAACUCAAGGGAAGAAAACUGGAGUAGGACGGGACAUCUAGUAGAUGAAGCAAGGAAUCUACUCAAGGGGUUUAAUAUUUGGGACAUUAAAUAUGUAAAUCGUAACGCCAAUUUUGCCGCUCACCAUAUUGCAAAAAUGGCGGCGAAUGUGGGUAUAGAAAAGGAAUGGUUGGGAGAAAUCCCUGAUUGUAUCUCGGAGAUCAUCCGAAAAGAGCAAUCUGUAACUCUUGAUUGA